AUGGAGAUCGGAAAGAUUACACAGCACCUACAAGCUAUGGGCAUACCAGUUCACUUUGGACAUAUCGCAACUCAACACUACGCGGCAGACUGCGCAACGCGAGGUCUUACUCAAACGGAACUAGCUGAUCACAUCUGGUGGACAGGACCAGCUAUCCUCCAUGAUCCUCCAAAAAGUUGGUCAUCCACGUUGUGGACAUUCGACUAUGACACUGGCUUUGAAAAUGAGCAUCAGGAUGCUACUACUAAUAAAAAGGAAUCAGAAGUCAUAGAGCCUCUCGAAGAACUCAAAGAAGUCUUACUAACGAAAAACAGAUUUGAACAAGUUCCACAAAACCGACUUAUUUGCUUCUUUGAAGAAAUUCUCACUUCAGAAUGCAAAACGAAUUAUAGCGCGAGUCUUACGCUACAUUGCAAUUCUUGUUGCUCAAGUGAAUGCUCGAAGAGAUCGUCCAAUUAG